AAUAGUUGCGUGAACAAAAACAUGACGCUUCCCACCAACGAAAUUCCUCUACAAAUAUUUAUAUUUUUCCAGCUUCUUUGCCGGAUUCUCGAGUGAAAUUGUACUAAUUUGGACAAAUUAAAGUGCUGUCAGGGCGUGGGAGGUGAAAGUGUAACGGUGCAAAAGUGAGGAAUGAGUGUAAAUGGAAAAAUGAGUCUUGGUGAGAGGAUAGAGGAUUACAAGAUACUCGAACCAUUGGGCAAGGGUGGUUUUGCUCAAGUGUACAAAGCUCUAUGCCUGGCCACGGGACUCUUUGUGGCUAUAAAAAUGAUCGACAAGAGAGUAAUGUUGGAGCGAAAUAUGGAGAAUCGCGUCCGGCAGGAGGUUGUCAUUCACUCUCAGCUGAAGCAUCCAUCCAUCCUGGAGCUGUACACCUUCUUUGAGGACGACAAUUGCGUGUACUUGGUGCUGGAACUUGCACGGCAUGGGGAAUUGCAGCGUUUUCUCCGUAGUCUCGGACGUACCAUGUCCGAAAUGGAAGCUGCUGCCGUGAUGAAGCAAGUAGUGGCUGGUCUACUGUACCUUCAUUCCCACAGGAUAAUCCAUCGUGAUCUCUCACUGUCCAAUUUGCUCCUCAUGGAUGAUAGACACGUUAAAAUUGCCGACUUUGGUCUGGCUAUACAAUUGAUGGCACCCGAUGAGCGUCACGUGACGCUCUGCGGUACGCCCAAUUAUAUGUCACCUGAGGUGGCGUCACGAACAUCCCAUGGACCACCAGCAGAUGUGUGGAGUGUUGGGUGUAUGCUGUACACCCUCCUUGUGGGUAGUCCACCAUUUGCCACUGCAGCUACAACGAUGACCCUCAAUCGUGUUGUUACGUCCCCAUGCCAAAUGCCCAGCUUCCUCUCAGCCGAGGCAACGGAUCUCCUCCAGCGACUACUACAGAAGGAUCCCAGCGAAAGGAUUGCCCUUGAUGACAUUCUCCAGCAUCCCUUUAUGCAGAAAACCCACCCACUUGCCAGCUUAUUUCAACAAUCAAUCGAUAGUGGUUUUGCAAAUUCAUCUGAUAACCACAAGUCCACACAACGACCACGGAGACCACACUCAAAUGCCCUCGAAGCGACUCAGAGUGCGCCAUCAGAGGCAACUUCUGGGCGUUUCUUGGGAUUGAUGAGCAAACAAGGGGGCUCCCUGGAGUCUUUUUCCACCAAUAGAGUCAUCCUAUCCGACCACGAUCGAUGGCGUACACCUGAGAAGCAUCUCGACGUCCCUGCGCUCAGUACAAAACGCCUCCAAGCCACGAGAUACACCACAAAAAAUGUUGUCUUCCACGUUCUCCAAUCUGGUGAAGUAACAGUUGAAUUUAUUCGUGCCCGAACGCUCGGGGAGUGUGUGACGCAAGUCUGCAGAAUUUCCGGUGAUGGACAGAGGAUUGUUGUGUACUCCCCUCAAGGGGGUGCAGUCCCCGUGCGUGAGGAACCUCCGGAAAUUCCACCAAAUGGCCCCGAAGGGAUUUUUAAUCUUGAGAAUUUGCCUGAAAUUCAUUGGAAGAAAUACAAAUAUGCUGCACGUUUUGUCGAUCUUGUACGUGCUAAAACACCCAAAGUAACGUACUACAGUCAACAUGCUAAAUGCCAAUUGAUGGAGACUCUUGUGGAUUUUGAGGCAAUGUUCUACAGUGGGGGUAGUGUUGUACGAAAUGGGGAGAAUGGUGCCAAGAUUAGAAAUCCAAACAAUGGGGUGGUUGUAACGGACAAAGGGGGUGGUAAUUUGGGGGAAACAGAGAAGUGGAUGUGGGAGCACAGUGAGGAGUGCUUUAGGCACUGCUGUGAGCUCGAAAGGAUCCUCCAGAGGGUCACAACGGGUGAAUGUUUCCCCGCAAUUGUCGGGCGACGUCCCACAAAUUCACACAGAGACAGCAAUUCCCUACCACGAACCCCGAAUCUCAGCAAUUUAUCGUCAUUUGCAAUGGGUAUGAGCAGUACGACGUCACAGAGGCACCCGCAGGCAUUGCGGACAAUCCAGAAUUGGGGAAAUGGGCAGGAGAAGCAGGAUUUUGGGGGAUUUCACGUGGUCGGUGAGACACAGCCAUUCGAUAGGCAUCAUCAGCAAGCAGUAAGGCCGAUGAGGCAGCAAAACUACAUGGAGAAUACAGAUCAAACUCCACUCUCUUCGAGACCUAUGAGGCUAAUGCGAUAGGUACACGCCUUUGGAUUGCAAUAGAAAAAAAUAUCAUUAAAAAAUCUUUAUUUAAAAAAAACCUCUAAAAGAAAUCUUAAACUUUGAGGAGUUAAAAGAAAUAAAUUUAAUUCAUUUCAUUGAAUCAUUUUCAUCCAAUUAAAUCUUCCUUUUUGUAUAAUUUUCAUUUUAAAUGAACAUUUUUAUGUCUUAUAAGACUUAUAUGGAAGCACAUUAGCACAACUUGGGCAAAUUGUAAAUAACACUCAAGAGCACCAGACUUUUUAUUCAUCAAAAUAAAUCACAAUAAAAA